AACAGACAUAUCCGAGACGCAGUGACGAACGCGCGCGACCGCUCCCCAUAUUACGAACUACACGCGAUCUUGUGCCGUGAAGUUUAGUACCAAGUGAUCGAACCAAGUGACCAACUAAGUGUUAAGUUGUACAACUAUCCAAAGGAGCAUUUAUAAGGAAUAUGAGUCGGUGAAACACUGUUCUAUCGUCUAUCGGAAGUUAAUAGUCGUAGAGGAACACACAAGAUGAAGCGACUCCAGAAAUGCUGUUGUUGCGCGUCGACGCGGACCGGCUCGCUUAUCAUAGCCACCCUGGGCAUCAUACUGUCCAUCAUCACCAUCAUCGUGCUAUGGGUGGCGCCAAGACACCAAGUAUCCUUCAGCACCUUCAUAUUUGACAAGGAGUUCGAUAAGAAGCUUUCAGACAUGGAAAUUCCACGAAUAAUAUUGACGUUGAAUCUAUGCUUCACGAUACUCAUUUGCGCACUUCUAAUAGUGGCAGUGAAAAAGCGACGGUCAUGGAUGAUGCUACCGUGGGUGGUGCUAGGUAUCGUGCUGGCUAUCGGACUGCUCAUCAGCAUCCUUCACACCUCCAUCACUUACUACCUGGAUGAGAAUGACCACUUCCUCAUUGCCACCUGCAUUCUUAUUGGAGGACUCUUAUAUUUAUGUUUGUACUUGUACUUAUGGACGGUGGUGUUCAGUCACUACCUGGAUGUACGUGAUGAGGAGGAACGAGGCAGGUACCGCAAGGCACCUUACAGGCGGUAGACUUCUGCUUUCUGUAAAAGGGACCACUUGUGUAGGUAUUAUGGACCUAUGGGCGGUUACGUUUAGAUUUAUGGUGGAUUGUUCUUCUGUCGAUAUAAUCGCUUGGCAAUAUGAAAAUGUAUAAUAUGUGAGUUCCACAAGUUGUCUCUAUUAUAACUGAUGACCAAAUCUGGUGUGACAUAAUCAGCAGCUGCUCUAAUGAUGGAUAUUUUCCAAAAUGCCUUUGAAUAUUUUUAUUUUCAAUGAGUUACAAAUAUAGCACAAAAAUAAAAAUUCGCAGUGCCUUCUAGAUAUAAUCCAAUUUUUACAGCGUGUAACAGGGUUAUUUUAAAUACUCAUGAGUACACAUUCAAUUUGAAUAAAUUCAUACAAAAUUUUCAAUGCACACAUUUUUAUAACUUUAUUACGAUUUAAUGUCGUUAAAUUGAAACUAGUUCAUUUCAAAAUUGAACAUAAAAAAAACAUUAUUAUACUUAAGUAAGUAGUAUUUAAUGGUAUUGUAUGAAUGAUAUUUUCGUAUGAUUGUAUAAUAAACUAUCAUAAUUUUAAUGUUCGUUACUUCAUAGAAAGUGUACCAACACCAAAAUAUAACCUAACCUAACCAUUUAGAAACAAAUCUUUAAACGUGGCAUUCGGCGAGUUUCGAAAACUUGUUAUUUCAAAAUGUCUAAUAUGUACAAUUUUUCUAAAAAAAAAUAUAAAUUUUAAACAUACUCUACAGUCAACCAUAUUAAUUAUAAAUGUAAUUUUGUCUACAAUAAUUUGUAACUAAGUGCAUAUGUGUAGUCGUACUCGUAUGUAUCAUAAAAAUCAAAUGCAUGUCAGUAUGUUAAGGUAGAAAAUAAGUUACCAAAUAUUAUUAAUUCAUGUGUAAUGUAAUUUAUUAAUUUGUUAUUAACUUAUUUUUACACAAAUUUAAUACAUUUUAAAGAACACAAAUA